AACCGCAGCCUAUGCGCGCCGGGUUCCGGGCGGGGGCUUCCUUGGCGCCCCGGCUUCCGGCGCUGAGCUCGCUGCCGCCCCAGCGCGGUAUGGAGGCGAAGGAGGCAUCCACGCCAGCUACCGGCGGCGGAUGCUCGGUGUCAGCGGAGGAGAUCGAAAAGUGGAUGGAGGAGGCCAUGCAAAUGGCCAAAGAAGCCCUAGAAAAUAUUGAAGUUCCUGUUGGCUGCCUUAUGGUCUACAACAAUGAAGUUGUGGGGAAAGGAAGGAAUGAAGUUAACCAAACCAAAAAUGCUACUCGACAUGCAGAAAUGGUGGCCAUCGACCAGGCCCUAGACUGGUGCCGGGGGAGCGGCCGGAGCCCCUCGGCGGUGUUCGAGCGCACGGUGCUGUACGUCACGGUGGAGCCGUGCAUCAUGUGCGCAGCUGCCCUCCGCCUCAUGAAAAUCCCGCUGGUUGUGUAUGGCUGUCAGAAUGAACGUUUUGGUGGUUGUGGCUCUGUUCUAGAUAUUGCCUCUGCUGAUUUACCAAAUACUGGGAGACCGUUUCAGUGCAUUCCGGGGUAUCGGGCUGAGGAAGCAGUGGAAAUGUUAAAGAACUUCUACAAACAAGAAAAUCCGAACGCACCAAAAUCAAAGGUUCGGAAAAAGGAGUGUCAGAGAUCCUGAGUUUGUUCUAACAAAGGACUAAUGCCCCUGGAUGAAAUUCUUGCCUGAAUGCUGGUGACAUCAUCGAAUCAGAUGUUAUAUAUCGUCCUUAACCUGUGGGAAAAAUGGUCUCUCAUCAUUUCCUCUGUUAAAGGAACAAAUGAACACUUUGACAAAGUCUGACAAUUGCAAUAAACUAUUAAUCAGUUUUUCCACAAGCUGGAAAGUAAAAGCUUGAGGUUUUAGAAAUUAGUAAGCAGGACAAUGCACUUCUUGCCAAAAGCAUCACCAGUUCAGGACAGUGCUGUCAGAGCAGGUACCUGCAGGUGCAAUUACCUGGCGUGUCUGCACCGGGCUGUGCCACUGCGGACCCCUGCCCCACGCCUGGCAUUGCAGAAUUGCAUUCUUCAUUCUUUGCAGCCACCAUGUUCUCCCAGAGUGUUGGGGGCCCGUGACGUUCUUGGAAAUUGUCUACGUUGCAUACCUGUAGACCAUGAUUAUAUGGUCUUUUGAACAGAUUUUUGCCUUUAUAAAGCAUUUAGAGAAAAUGCAUAUUCUAAAACAAGUGCUUAAGUGUCAUUUGAAAUUGCAACAUAUUGCUAAAAUAAAACCGUAUUUGUGCCUUUUUUGAA